AUGGUUAUCGGAAAUACAGCUGCUGGACACCUAUACAGCCGCCUGGUUCCUCUUGUUCUUCUUCUUAUCGAUGGUAGCAAUCCUAUUGAUGUUGAUGAUCCAGGAUGGGAAUUAUAUGCCCUGAUUCAGAAGAAAAGUGAUGAACAGGGGGAUACUCAACAUAAACUGUUGGGUUUUACUGCAUUGUAUCGUUUUUAUCAUUACCCUGAUAGCACACGUCUGCGGCUCAGUCAGAUAUUGGUGUUGCCUCCUUACCAACACAAGGGUUAUGGUGGUCACCUUGUUGAAGUACUCUACAAUGUUGCAAUAUCGGAAGAUGUUUAUGACUUGACAGUUGAAGAACCAUUAGAUUACUUCCAACACGUGCGCACCUGUGUUGACAUAAAACGUCUCCUUCUCUUUGCAUCAGUCCAAGAUGCAGUUAAGUCAACUGUUUCUUAUCUGAAACAAGGAAAACUGUCAAAGAAAACCCGUGUCCCUUGUUUUAACCCACCUUUAAGUGCAGUUGAAGAUGUUAGGAAAACCUUGAAAAUCAAUAGGAAACAGUUUCUUCAGUGUUGGGAAGUUCUAAUUUUUCUAGGCCUUGAUAAUGUUGAUAAGUACAUGGAGGAUUUUGUCACGAUCAUUUCAAGUCGAGUGAAGGCUGAUAUCCUAGGGAAAGAUUCUGGGAGCAGUGGGAAACAAGUGGUUGAAGUUCCAAGUGAUUAUAAUCCCGAGAUGUCAUUUGUAAUGUUCAGGUCACAGGACGGUGAAGCUGGUAGUGUUCGGAUGGAUGAAAACCAAACAAAUCAAGAAGAGCUACUCCAGCAAUUGGUAGAUGAAAGGGUCAAAAAGAUAAAAUUAAUUGCGCAGAAGAGGCUCUCCAGCUGUAUGUUGAAGCUGGACUGUAAAAGGUUUAGCUGUAGUUUUAGGUUAAUGUUGAUGCUCAUCAAGUUUGAAAUAGUUCCCGUCCUGAUUCAAGGGCUCUGUUUGGCAGAUGCUGUAGGUGUGGUGAUUAUGGGACGGUAG